AUGGACAGCCAAUUGCUCAAUGACUUCAAGCCUCUUGGAUCAAGAUUUAAGACUUGUUUUACUGCAGGAAUUCUAGAUAAUGCUGAGGUUGCAGGUUCUGGUGUUUGCAGCGAUAAGCUAAAUGCUGAUCAGCGUUUUUUUUGCCAGCCUUUUUACGACCUUCCUAUGUAUGAGACUGCAUCUGCUGUGCAUGUCAAUCUACGUCGUGGUCUUCUCCAUGAGUAUCAGCUUUAUGAUCACUGA